CUCAAGACGUAUUCAUUGUGGAGAUUACAUGUAGAAUAUUAACGUGCUAUAGAACAAUUUGUCAGAUAAUUUAGGAUCUUUCGUGGCUCAACACAAGAUUUUUUGAACUCUCGCUUUUUGGCUGCUUAAACGAACUCUUUUCUAAGAUGACACAGAGAUUGGUCUUCUCAAUAUUGGUGCUAUCGUCCAUAUCGUUUGCUUUUGCCACGACAGAGCCAAACAAGCCAGCAGACACCACGGAAGAUCUCCUCAGCCAAUUCGAAUUCGACAGAAGACUGGACGAAGAAUAUGCUGGGCAGACGUACCCCCAGAGGGGCGAUGUCGUGGUCGCACCGGACCUUUACGAACUUGGGCCGCAGAAGUUUGAUUUCGAAACGACAAUUGCCGAUCUAGAAAACUCUAAUUCCGAACAACACCCGACAUUUUCCGAACGGGUUCCACUUGAUACGGAGCCUGCUGAGGUUCGGACGUUUGCCGAUAGGGUUUCGACUGGUACUGAACCAAUUGCUAAGGUUUCUCAGUCGACUGUUGCAUCAAAGGUCAAGGCCUCCGAUUCUCUGCCGAAGAAUCAUGAAACUGGUACGAAUGACGAACCUGCGCGAGCUGUACAUACCGAAUCAAAACUUAAGCCAAGCCCUGACGAGGACACCUAUCACUUGUACAAGAAAAUAAAAACAAUAUUGCGGCAACCUGACAUUGACAGUCGGCUACAUAAUGAUACAUCGACGUCCGGAGACAAUUUUGUCCCUACAAUUGCGUCAUUCCCUGGCAGAAACCCAAGCGAAGAUGACGCCGGAAAUGACAUCAUCAUGACUGCUGUCUUGCCCGCCGCGAUCGUCCUUGUCGCAUGCCUCGUUAUCGCAUCACUUGCACUUAUCUUGUACUGCACAUUCCGAAAGCCGGCGAAGACCAUUGGCGGAGAGCGAAGUGGAGCUGGUCGUGUUCAGCUAACUGGUGUCCACAACCGCUGGGAAGCUUUCGAAGAUGCCCGUUCAAAGGGCCAGCCCCCAAACCAACGCUUCUGCUCAAAGGGUAACUUUUACGCGCCUAACAUCGUCGAUCAGAUGCCAGAGAAUUUGCUCAAUGACAAGACUGUAUACGUUGAUUCAAAGUCGGACAAGCUCGUUGUACGAAGUGACGCUAGUUGUCACUCUCUCUCACCUAUGAUUCUCCAGAAUGUGGAGCAUGAUGAUUUUUACUCGAAACUUCUGGACAACGAAGCAGCACUGAAGACUCCAGCAGGACUUGGCGAGGACGCUGAUAGUAAGAGUUUGUAUUCCGACUCCAAACUUAGGUUUGUCACAGUACCAUUGGAAGACGAUGAUACAGCGCCAACGCCGACAGGUGGCAAGAGGGUCGGUCACGUGACGCAUGUAUGCCAUAUUUGAACUUUAAGUCUUAGCUUCAGUGAAGAUACGUGUUAUUUUUCAAAGAAUAGUGUAAGAACUUUACGCUGUGGUAUUUUCAGCUCAUAAUUUCUCCAAGAAAUACCACACGCACAUGAAGAUCAAACUUCAACCCAACUGUCGCGACAACACUCAUGAAAUAAUCUCAUAAUACUAUAAUUUUGUGAGAGCUGUCAGUUCGGCUAGAAUCUUGAAUGAAUGAAUGACAUUUACAUUUAUAUACCGCAAAAUCCAAAUUUUGCUCUACUGCGGUGUUUCAAAAUAUCGUCUGAACAGAUGGGUUUUAGCCCGCACCUGAAAAUAGCAACAUUAGCCUUUUUAAUCUCAAUGCUGAGCUCAUUCCAAAGUCUGGCCGCCUGUACAAGGAAGCUCCUGCCACCGUACGUCUCCAGGCAAUACCUGGGGAUCCUCAGGAGACAUUUGUCUUCGGACCUCAGGGAUCGCCCGGAGUCACAGGAUGGGAGGAGCUCGGAUAUGUGAGCAGGGGCAGGUCCGUUUCAUCUUCAUGUACCUAUGGAAACACCCACGAAAUGAUGAGACUCCGUAGCAUAGAGCAUGGAUCGCGGUAUCAUAGUUUUAAUUAAGUUACUAAAAAGUUGUAAUGAAUUUUGGUCUCCAUCAAAAGACAUUCUCAUGGACUCAUUAUUUUAUAAAGCGCGAGUGUAUUCGCUCUUAAAGCCUUUGUAACGUCAUAGGGGGUUUUAGAGAAAUAAAAACAAGGUCAAUUCAUUCUAUGACAGCCAUGUAACCACACAUCUUGCUCGUCUUACACUGAAAUGAUUUGUUUAUAUAUUUGCAACAAAAAGGAAUUAAUGACUAGUGUGCCGUUCGUUCCUUUCCUUUUGAUUUCGUAUUUCGUAUUUCGUUUGCUUGUUACAUAUCGCAUUAUUAUGAACAUAUACGUUCAUAGAUAGCACUGCCAUUCAAGUACAGUAUAUAUUUCAUUCAAUGCAAGUAUUUCACACUCACUUAAAAAUGAUAGGUCCCACGAUGAACUCAAACAUUAUUCUUGAUAUUAAGUAAAUGUCAUUAGAAAAUAUUUCUAAUAACUCGUUACCACUGGAUCGCAGGGACGAAAUUACAUAUGAGCACAUAAUGUCGCUGCGACAUGAAAAAUUUCAAAUCAUGAAAUCACAUUUUACGCUGCACAACUAUGCCACUGACGUAGGCAAAGAUGGGGCCUACAAUUUUUACAACAAAGUGCACCCUGUUCUAGCUUUAAAUGACCAUUGCAAGCUGUCGGCUGUCACCUUCAAUUCCACACUGUCGCGCCAGUGAAAUUUUCGCGCCAGGACUAGUGCCUACUAAAAAAACGAAUAACGCAUUUUACUGAUAUCUAAGAGCUGAAACAAAAUUAGAAUAGCAUCAAACACGUUCAAAAAUAGUUUACUGGUGAACCAGAAGAAGAAUAAAUUGCAGUAAAAAGCCGUCCAUUUCUUUAACAUUUGUCAUGCUCGUCACCAGUAUUAGUUUAGUAUGCCAUAAAAUGUAAGCUUACCAGUCAUUUUGUUCAUUGUUAAUAAAUACAGCUUAUUUUGAUACCAGUUGUUGCUUGAUGUGUUCCUCACUAGCGGUCGCUCGAUACUAUGCCAAGCAACUGAGAGGAACUAUAGAAAUGCU